AUGGCCAUUCUUUCAUAUCCAACCUCCCUUUCACUUCCAACUACAUCACUUGUACCCACCACUCAUCCUACCGUUAGACGUAUACUCAACCGGCUUAAUCGAACAUCUCUCCUUUCUUUGGCGCUCGACUGGCUUUCCGAUGUUAAUCUAUCUACAACAAGGCCUUAUCUUAUCGAACCAGAAGAUGAUGAAAGCAGUGAUAUGUACCCAGCGGCAUCUUCAGUAGAGGAAUUGCGUGAACUCUAUACGCAUCUUGGGCAACGAAAUGGAACUAAAAGAGAUGUGUUGGAGCGGAUAUUGGAAGGCGAUUGGCGCACAGGUAUCAGUCUCUAUGCGCUUGCAAUGGCCGAUAUGCAGUUCAUAUACAGUCAUCCCUCAUCACAGAAGUGGACUGCGCUCAAAAUUGUCCCUCUCUCUCCCUCAGCAGCGGUCGGGAUAAGGAGUAUGAUACCACGUUUCCAUCCUGCAACAUUCCUGCGAAAUCUACAUCAUGCAUCGCUCCCAGAUAUCAAGUUACAUCUAAACAUAGACCGUCACGCAACUUUACCCCUUCUCAUUCUACGCAUCUGGGUGCUUGAGAGUCCGUAUAGUACAUCGCGGGCACUAGACACAAAUUUAGGCCCAAUUUCAGAGGCGAGUCGCACCUUCUAUGUAGCUUUUCCUGACUUUUCGCCCCAUAUUUUCAUUACGAGUGCCCACAAUCUCUCCGACACAGCUCAUUCGACCGCUAUGAAGGCCGAUGAUAGCAAAAGUUUGCGAAAGUAUAUUUUACAAGCCAUACCUAAAGCCUUCAGUAGACCAAGAGAGCGCUACAAGCUCGAAAGUACAAAUUUUUCCGCGAGUAACCUUGAGGCCCUAGUCCAACAUCGUGGAAAUGGGCGCACCAAUGCAGCAGGAGGAGGCUGGGGCAUCUACGCCGAAACUCAGGGCACGCGAGCUAUACACGACGAUCCACUCUCCUUACAAAAUUUGUCGGCACUACCUGAGACAGAGCGUGGCGGGGUUAUUGAUGAACCCGCCAGCAAUCAGCUCUGGGCAUCAAAAAAUGAGAAGUUACCUUCUAAAGUCAGAUGCCUGAAACGCAAAUCUGAAUCUGACGGGAACUCGAUCUUGAACAAAAGACGACUAGCUAAUGGCAGAUUUGGCGAUUCAGCCUUGCCGGAUGAUGGGCUUGGAAUUGAGAGGCUCGAUAUAUUGCUGAGAGAACCAAUGCGUAAUAUUAUAGAUGCUACUGACCAGAUAAGCAGUCAUGUUGUCAAGAAAAAUACGCGGGGCUACGAAAAUCAAGGUCAAUCGCCGGGCUCUAGUGUUGAUGAUACGGAUGUGCCAGGGGCGGAAGACGAAUGGCGCCCAGGGAUUAAAAUCACUUUUUCGGGGACUCAUGUUUUUGCUGGAUUGCGAGAAUUGGUUGAAUGUGGGAUUGUAGAUGGUCUUCGAAUGCCAGGCUGGAUGACUGGAGAAAAUGGAGUUAGUUUUGGUGUCGUAAGAAAUGGUCGUCUACUCUAA